AUGGAAGACUCGGGGUUCAGUGGCGUUGUACGACUGUCCAAUGUGUCGGAUUUUAUUGCUCCGAACUUGGACUGCAUAAUUCCAUUGGAGACUCGAACGGUUGAGAAGAAAAAUGAAGAGCCGCAGGUCAACAUUCGAGCGAAAAAGACGAAAAACGAAGAAAAUAAGCCAAAAGAGGACAAGAAAUCGGUGAAAAUCUCUCUAGCGGACUGCCUGGCUUGUAAUGGAUGUAUCACGAGUGCCGAGACGGUUCUUGUUGAGGAACAAUCGUUUGGAAGGCUUUUGGAGGGAAUUCGAAAUUCCAAAAUGGCAGUUAUCACUAUCAGUCCGCAGACUAUAACGUCCUUAGCGGUUAAGCUAGAGAAAACCCCGGAAGACUUGGCCAAACUGAUCGCAUCCUUCUUCCGCCGCCACGGUGUCAAAUACGUUCUCGAUUCGUCAUUCGCUCGCCAAUUCGCACAUUCUCUAGCUUAUGAGGAACUCCUUUUAACACCAUCCACCUCGAGACCCCUACUCUCAUCCGCCUGCCCUGGAUUCGUUUGUUACGCUGAGAAGAGCCACGGAGAGCUUUUGAUUCCAAAGAUCAGUAAAAUCCGAUCACCUCAAGCGAUCAGUGGAGCAAUAGUGAAGGGAUAUCUAGCGAAAAAAGAGGGUCUGAGCCCUUGUGAUGUGUUCCAUGCUGCUGUUAUGCCAUGUUUCGAUAAGAAGCUGGAACAUCGAGGGAACAGUUUAGGUACGGCGGAGUUACUGGAAGAGCUUGUCAAGGAAGAAGGCGUGGCAGAAGACGUAGAAGAAGAGGAAGAGAACAACUGGACGACUUCUUUAUCGAGAGGCAUCAUCAUUGGAGAGGAUGGAGGUGCAUCCGGCGGCUAUGCAGACCGCAUCGUUCGAGAUUUCGUCGCUCAGAAUGGAGGAAUCGUGAAGACGUCGAAAUUAAACAAGAACAUGUUCUCCACCACCGUCGAAUCGACAACCACCGGAGAGAUUGUGCUCCGUGUAGCCAAAGUAUACGGUUUCCGGAAUGUUCAAAAUCUGGUUCGAAAGAUGAAGACGAAAAAGGAGAAGACUGACUACGUGGAAGUGAUGGCUUGUCCAGGAGGAUGUGCCAAUGGAGGAGGUCAAGUACGAUACGAAACAAUGGACGAGAGGGAGAAACGACUGGCUCAGGUGGAGGAGCUCUAUGAAGCAUUGCCACGUGGAAAUAGCUGGGAGGAGAGCGUUCGAGAAGAGUGGAAGCGACUAGAUACAAACUACAAAAAUCUAUUGUUCACUGAUUAUAAACCUGUAGAGACUAAUGUUGCUCAAACUUUGAAGUGGUGA